AGUAAUUUGGGUUGUUUUGAUGGGGGAAAAGGACAAGCAUGGAAAAACGCAGACAAACGAUGUUGUUCGGAAAAGAAAGAAAAAGGAGGCCCCUUGAGAUGCCAUGUACAACAGUAACACUCAACCCAGAGAGAAAAAAAAAAAGAGGUUGGGUUGGGAGAAGAAGUAAAUUGUGGCCAUGAGAUUAGACGAUAGAAUGUUGUUUCUUUUAAGCUAAGCAAUAAAGUGAAAGAGUGAAAGAGUGAGAGAGUGAGAAAGAGAAAGAGAGAGAGAGGGUGUCCCUUUCGAAAGGUGUGGUGGGAUGAUGUAAAGGAGUAGUCUUGGAAAGGGUAGAAAUGUAAGGAAGGGUUUGAAGAUGUGAGUAGGAAGUAAAAAUGGUGAAUAUAAAAUAAAAAAAAAGAAGGGUGAAGGGUGAAGGGUGAAAAGUGGAAGAAAGAGGGAGGAAGAGAGGGAGUGAAUGAGUUUUGGAUGGGUUGGUGGGUGGUGGUGUCAUGGUAUGUGUAAUGUAGUACAACAACAAAUACAUCUUUAACAUUCAUUCUGAAAUCUCACCAUAACACUCUCCUCGCCCCCACAACACUCAUUCACUUCACUUCUCUUCUCUUCUGGAAUGGAACUCGAAAUAUUGAAUGGCACGCCUCCACUCUCCACCUUUCACUAGCCAAACCCGCUAUCCUCUGUUAAACCAAACAACCCAACAACAAACAAAAAAACUGUCUGACUCUGGAUCCUCAAACCAAUCAUCAUCGUCACACAAACACAACAACCACGGAAGAGCAUCAACAACGGGGUUACUUUCGACCACAGCAACGGAAACGGGCUUUUGCGGCUUCCCUGGAGCAUGCAGGAACGACGUCGUGGAGGCAGGGGAUGGUGAGAGGAGGAGGCGGAGGAGGAGGAGGAGGAGGGGAGAUAGUGGAAGUUGAAGGAGGACACAUUGUGCGGUCCACGGGGCGGAAGGAUCGUCACAGCAAAGUCUGCACCGCCAAAGGGCCGCGUGACCGCCGGGUGAGGCUAUCGGCCCACACCGCAAUUCAAUUCUACGACGUGCAGGAUCGGUUGGGCUACGACCGCCCCAGUAAGGCCGUCGACUGGCUCAUCAACAAAGCCAAGGCCGCCAUAGACCAACUCGCGCAUCUCCCUCCCUGGAAACCCACCCUCCCGACACCAAACCACCUAAACGACGACGAAUCAGACAAAACAAACCCUAAUAACCCAAACUCAACCACAAACCCUGAUGCUGAAAUUCUGAACCAGUUCAACGAGAAUCUCGAGAACGAUGGUGGAGGAGGAGGAGGAGGAGGAGGAGGUUCGAGUUAUCUUCCGUUGGAUAACGACGCGAUAAGAUCAUUCUUCCCCACAACGACGUCGCCGUUGAUUCAGUUCCAGAGCUACCCACCGGAUUUGCUUUCGAGGACGAGCAGCCAGGAUUUGCGUCUCUCGCUUCAGUCCUUGCAGGACCCGAUUAUGCUCCACCAUAACCAAAACGAGCACGUGCUUUUCGCUGGAGCCGGGUUUGAUAACAUGGGAGCGUGGAACAACAGUGGGAAUGCUACUAAUGAUACUCAUGGUGCUGGAGGUGGGGGAGGGUUUGUGCUCAACGCUCCCUCGCCUUUGCCGGGGCCGGCAACGGUGGCGUCGCCGGCGAUGGUUUUUGGCUAUGGUAAUGGGAAUGGUCAAGGCCAGUAUUUUUCUCAGAGGGGACCCCUUCAGUCCAGUAACACCCCGUCCGUUCGUGCGUGGAUUGACGCGCCGUCGUUCGUGGCCGCCGCCGAUCAUUAUCAUCGGCAUCACUAUUUGUCACCGGCGGCGGCUGCGGCGGCGUUGGUGUAUCAGUCAUCUCCUUCUUCGGCAUUUGCGCCCGGGGGCUUCUCGGGAUUCCGCGUGCCGGCACGAAUUCAGGGUGAGGAGGAGCACGACGGCGUGUCCGAUAAGCCGUCCUCUGCUUCCUCCGAUUCUCGCCGCUGAACCGCCGAUGCCGACUUCGUUCCUCCGGUUGCUGACUCCGAAACCCUACUUGUGUGGUCUAUUUCUGCAGCGAGGAGGCGAGGGAUUCGGAUUCGGAAUGAAUGAUUCGGUUCAGUGGAGUAUGCUUGUGGAAUGAAGAAAAUCUGGGGUUGAAUUUCCAGGUUUUUGAAUUCUCCAGAUUGUUAUGUUAUUCUUUUUAUCAUCAUCAUCAUUAUGUAUGUCAUGUUUCGUUAGGAAGACUCUUAGGGUUGGGUAUUGUUGUGUGUUGGAUUGAAUGUUUGAUGUUUUGUUGCAAUUUGUAGUGGCCGUGUUUGUACUUGGAUAUCUAGUUUCUUAGUUUUGGUUUGAAAACGUGCACGUAGCUAUUACUACUGUUACUUAUUGACUA